GAAAAGAAACAUUCAAAAUGAGCUGUACAAAUGCUAACGAUGAAGGUGAGAUAACUGAAAUGGUAAUGAAACUACAGCAAUUAACAGCAGACUUACAUGUAAUGUUCAACUUUUAAUUACACUGCACAAUUGCCGAUUCUGUUGUGUAUAACUGGAUAUAGUAAUAAAAACAGUAUACAUAAAGAGGAUUGUUUACGUGAAUGAGGUAAUAGAGACAGGAAUAUCUAUACACCGAAAAGCAAGAUAACCAACAACAACAGAGCCAUGAGUGACAUUGAAGAAUUCGAGAGGGUGGUCUUCACGUUUAUCAAUCCCUGCAUUUGCAUAUUUGGCAUCAUCUGUAACAUAUUUAACCUUUUGGUUCUGACACGCAAGCGUCUUCACGAAUCUCCAUACAGCUAUCUCACAGGCCUUGCUGUGGCUGACCUUUCAACUUUGACCUUGACCUUUAUACAUGGUACUUUCUCAAGGGCAUCUGAUGACACUAGUUAUGAAUGGAAAGUAUUCGAUGUCAAGGUGUAUUUCCCACUUGCGAACAUGACCUCAACUACGGGAAUAUUCAUCACCGUUGUUCUCACCCUAGAGAGGUUUAUUUUUGUCAGGUAUCCGCUACAUGCGAAAGACAUUUGCACAAAGACAAUAGCACAACGCGCGAUAAUCAUCACCUAUCUUGUGGCCUGUCUGAUCAACAUUCCUCUAUUCUUUUGUAUGGAUGUUGAAAACAAGCCAAAUAGUACAGUGAAGUACCAAUACGCUUCAACGGCAUUUGAACAAAGUUCAAUCUAUCACGGAAUUACAUGGUUCCAUGUUACUACAAUACAGCUUAUCCCAAUCUUCAUUUUGGGCAUACUGAAUAUCUGUCUCAUUAUUAUUGUUUGGCGGGCCCAGACACGACGUGAAAGUCUCAAACCCAAAAUGUCAUCAUCAACUGAAUAUCAAACAAGAGACCAGAAACGACUAACGGUCACUCUUAUAAGCAUCGUUAUCCUGUUCCUCAUUUGUUUUACACCCUCGGUGAUUGCCAACCGGCACAUCGCGAGAGGAAUCUUCGGGAAAGGAGAAAGCUACAAUAACUUUGUCGGAUCUACGUUUUUCCGUGCUCUUGCUAUAGUUAGCAACAUUCUCGUUAACAUUAAUCAAUCCCUUAAUUUCAUCUUAUAUUGUGUAUUCAAUCAAAAAUUUGUAAAGACAAUGAAGCAUAUGGUCCAACAAUGGAGAUACAUUAUCCUCCACAAAGGACGAGGCACACCCCUUAAAUCACUAUCCCGUGUUAAGGGUUCGAGUGUAUCGUUCACACAAUUCAGCAGUCUCUACAUUGACCGCACACCCAGUAAUCCUAAAAAUCUGGACAAAAUCAUGGCAGAUUGUACUUCUGAGAAAAGCCCAAUGAUGAAGACAAAGCAGCAAGAGGAGCUGCUACCAAAAGGAGCUGAAGAGAAGGUUGAGGAUGGACCAGUAGAGUAUGAACAAGAUGAGGGGGUAUAUACUAUAAAUGGGGCUGAAGCCCAGAUUGCUACCACCCCACAGUAGCUGACAUACAGCGAUAAUCUGAUCCACAUGGAAUCCCUGUGGAUUUUCGGUAAUGGAUUCAACUUGGAUUUGGAUUGGCUGUGUUCAUAGCCUCAUACAAUAUAAAUGAGGCAGACGCUCAGAGAAAACUCUAGUCCUACUUAUUGUGUGUGUAAAUAUUAUUAUACAACCUUGUACUCUGUAUAAGGUUAAAUCAGUAGCCUAGUAUGGAGAACAAUUGAAUGGUGAUUAUGUUGUAAAAUCAAAAGUACGAGGGCUGUCCAAAAAGUG